UGUCCAGACCGGAGGCACAACGUCUUGGCAAACCAUGCAUUUCUGCCCCCCCGACGCUGUCUACAUCGGUAAAAUCUAUCUUCGGAAACAGUUUUCCUGUUAAACCACGACUGGAUUGAUUUUUUAAGAAAAUAACUGGACGCUCGGGAUAAUUCUUGCGGAACCCCUGUGACGGUUGCACGAGGGCUUGCCUAACGACAGUCGAUGAGAGGUAAGAUUCGGAAACGGGAAGGAAAGAGGAGGCCUCGCUUGGCCACGGUAGACUUCGGAGAAAAGUGGACAGCGCCGCCUGACGACCGCCGCGUUUCGGGGUGAAACUGCCAGGAGACCGCGGUGCGUUCGACAAGGGGUGCGGAUGAGUUGCCAUUAUCCCCAGUGAGGAGGCGUGUUUCCUUUCCGCCCAAACAGCACACCAAACACAUUCACUCUCUGACACACACACACAAACUCACUCUCUCAUUCACACAGACACAGACACAAAUACACACACACCCACACACACACGUACACAUACACACAACAUUGCAAGACAUUAGCGUGCUUCCUCUGCCCAUCUGAGGCAGUGCAGCCUGCAGUGGCAAUGAGUGUCCAGCAGGAGGAGCCAGAGGGGCUCUACGUGGAGCACCAGUACAUGUGCAGCGAGUGUCACCAGCUCUUCAACACACUGGAGGAGGUGCUGGUGCAUCAGCAGAGCCACACCGGGUCAGAGGAGGUCGAGAUGGGGGCGGCUGAGCCCGGGGACGGGGGGGAACUGGAGGAUGGGGAGAGCCACUACCAGUGUCUGGAGUGUGGCGCCCUCUUGAGGAACCCGGAGGAACUGCUACUGCACCAGGAGAUGCACAUGAGAGAGGCCGGACUGGAGGGGGAGCACGAGCUGUGUGAGGUGUUGGAGACGGGCGAGGCCGGCGCGGACCCGUCCGGACCGAUCCAGUACCAGUGUCUGGAGUGCCUGGCGCUGUUCACCAGCCCCGAGCUCUGGCUGCAGCACCGACACACACACACCAAGAGCAGCACUCACAGCUCACACAGCAACAUGGAGUAUGUGGUGCAGGCGGAUGGUUCCGUGACUCCGCUGGUCAACGUACACAACCUGGUUCUGGAUGAGCAACGAGCAGGAGAGAUCCUAGCCCAGGUACUAGCCCAGCAGCAGCAGGUUGCCACCCCCUCCUCUCCGCGUGCCCCCCUCCUGCCCCCCGGCGCCCCCCUGCCAGGCUCUGCCACCCUGCGGCUCCAGAUCUGUAGCGCCCAGGCCCUGGCUGACAGCGGUGCCGCCCCCCCCCUGCGCCGCGCCCGUCUGCUGCCCCCCCUGCUCACCCCCACGCCGCUGGAGAACGGCCUGCAGCUGGCGGGCGCGGGCGCGGGGGCGGGGGGGCGGAUGCACCCGUACGAGUGCUCCGAGUGCUCCAUGGAGUUCGCCACGCCCGAGGACUUCCUCCAGCACCAGGGGGAGCACUUCCUGUGUCAGGAGAAGGAGAGCGGCGAGGAUGACGUCAUGGGGGCGUGGCGCGAGGACGAGCGGGGGGGGCGGGACGGAGGAGAGGAGACGGACAGGACGCUGGCCAAUAAGGCGCGAGGAGCGGCGGCGCGGCAGCCAAUCACGGCCCGCUCCACCCUGGAAGGGGGCGGGGCCGGGGCCCUGCAGUGCGGAGAGUGCCAGCGCACGUUCACCUCGGCCAAUCGUCUGGCGGCGCAUCGGCGCGUGCACGAGCAGGGCACACACGAGUGCCCCGAGUGUGACAAGGUGUUCAAGAAGGCGGGGUCACUGCAGACACACCUGCGCUCACACUCCGGCGAGGCGCGCUACCUGUGUGUGGACUGUGGCCACGGCUUCACCACGGAGAUGACCCUCAUCAUACACAGGAAGUCUCACACGGCGGAGCCUCUGCACCGAUGUGAGUUCUGCUCCAAAACCUUCACCAACAUGACCAAGUUCCUCUACCAUCGCCGCACACACACCACCAGAGCCCCGCUCACACCCGUCAGCACACGGGUGUCUGUGCCCCCCCCCAGGAGAGCCGUGCCCCCCCUCAUUCUGCUGCAGCGUCUGCGGGAGCGACAGGGGGCGGGGCUUACCCAGGUGGGCGGGCAGGAGACGGCGUCCCCACAGGAGGUGGGUCUGAUCGCACCUCUGUCCGAGGCGGAGUUAGAGGCGGAGUCCUCUCCAGAGGCCGACACCCCUGCUGCUAAUUGCCAUGGCGACGGCACCAAACAGAACGGCGUGGGUCCGGAAGAGAGCAGAGGCCACGCCCCCGGGGAGAGCGAUCCGGAAGCCUCUGCCGCCGCCGCCACGGCCGAGCCGUCGUUCCCGUGCGGGACGUGCGCCAAGGCGUUCCCCACGCAGCUGCGUCUGGUGCGCCACCGCCGGACGGUCCACGUGGCCGAGCGCCUCUUCAAGUGCGGCGUGUGCGACAAGCCCUUCAAGAAGCAGAUCCACGUGCGCAACCACCUGCGCACGCACACGGGCGAGCGCCCCUUCCAGUGCAGCGAGUGCGGCAAGACCUUCUCGUCCCUCGCCAACCUGUCGCGGCACGCGCUCACACACACCGGCGUGCGCCCCUACCGCUGCUCCGUGUGCCACCGCGCCUUCAGCCAGUCGUCCAACCUGCGGCAGCACCAGCUGCUCCACGCCAGCGUGCCACCCUGCCCCUGCCCCGACUGCCCCGCCACCUUCCUGCACCGGGCCAAGCUGGCCGCGCACCGCUACACCGCCCACCAGGGCGCGCCGCCCUACCCCUGCCCGCUCUGCCCGCAGGGCUUCCUGCGCAAGCGCCUCCGAGACCUGCACUGCCUGGAACAGCAUCCCGAGCAGACGCUCACACACACGCACGCGCACACACACGACUCGCCAGCAGGGCACGACGACAGCGCUGUGAUUGGCCCAGCUGCCACUACUCACGAGGGGGAGGGGCCGGAGGCUAAUAAGGCCGACGACGCCCAUACAGACCCAGGCUCCGCCCCCACCCCAGCGUGUCCCCGCCCCUCUCUGAACUGCGCCGUCUGCGGGAAGCGUCUAAACUCCGCCUCCAACCUGCGGCUGCACCAGCUGAGCCAUGCGGGGGGGCGUGGGCGGGGCCAUGGGGGGCGUGGCCACCAGUGCGGCGUGUGCGGUAAGCUGUUCGUCUCCGCGUCCAGCCUGGCGCUGCACCAGCGCGUCCACACGGGCGAGCGGCCCUUCCCCUGCGGCGUGUGCGGCAAGCGCUUCCGCCAGAACACGCACCUGCGCGAGCACCUGCGCACGCACUCGGGCGAGCGGCCGUUCCGCUGCGACACCUGCGGCAAGGGCUUCGUGCAGAGCAUGCACCUGGCCGAGCACCGGCGGACUCACACCGGCGAGCGGCCGCACGCGUGCCACAGCUGCGGCAAGGCCUUCAAGACCGUCUCCAACCUGCGCAACCACCAGAAGAUCCACGCGCGGCGGGCGCAGCAGGGGGCGAUGCCUCAGGCGCAGGAGGUGGUGAAGGAGGAGGUGAAGGAGGAAGAGGUGGAGGAAGAGGUGAUGGAGGAGGAGGAAGAGCAGGGGGACCCGACCGUGACUGUGCUGGAUGCCUCCACUAUGGAGGAGCUCACUGCCGCAGUACCAGCACUCUGCCAGCAGGGGGCUCUAGGCCAGACACAGCUCAUCCAGAUCCAGACUGCUGACCUCGCUCAGGGCUCUCCCACCAUCAUGUGUAAUGAGUUUGGGGAGGCGAUCGCCAUCAUAGAGACGAGUGAAGGAGGAGCUCUGGAGAUCUACCAGACCGCCCUGGAGAACGGCCUCGGGGUCGACACCAUCACAGUGGACGGCCUGCAGCUGCUCUGAGAGACACACACACACACACACACACACACACACACACACACACACACACACGCGCCUCGGAGUCGACACCAUCACAGUGGACGGCCUGCAGCUGCUCUGAGAGAGACACACAGACACACACACACACACACACACACACACACACACACACACGUACGUCUCGGAGUCGACACCAUCACAGUGGACAGCCUGCAGCUGCUCUGAGGCACACACACACACACACACACACACACACACACACACACGCCUCGGAGUGGACACCAUCACAGUGGACAGCCUGCAACUGCUCUGAGAGACACACACACACACACGCGCGCGCCUCGGAGUCGACACCAUCACAGUGGACAGCCUGCAGCUGCUCUGAGAGACACACACACACACACACACACACACACACACACACGCCUCGGAGUGGACACCAUCACAGUGGACAGCCUGCAACUGCUCUGAGGCACACACACACACACACACACACACACACACACACACACACGCCUUCAUACCUGAACCAGACCUUAUGUCCCAACUGGAUCCCCUAGUCAUGACUCUCUCUUAGGGGUCUGGGAUGGAGAGUGACACUGCAGGGUUAUGGUUAGGGUUAACCCCGUGUGUGUGUGUCUGUCUGUGUGUGUGUGUUAUGGGGGAGGGGGGGGGUCUCAUAUAUGAAGCCAAAAGACUAAAACUCAGGGGGUAUUUCUGGGUAUGCCUGUGCGUGCGUAGACACGCAGACACACACACACACACGCACACACACACGCACACACACACGCACACACACACGCACACACACA